GAACUGGAAGGAAAUGUGGAUGGUUUGUUGUAUUUUGGAGUGUUUAAUCUUGCAAAUACAAAAACAGAGUAUGUGGCCAUUUCUUGUUGGUACUGUACUAUCUUUUUGUGUGACUGAUGGAGAGGAGCUGUGGGGUUGGGGAGGUGGUCACAGGACACAGGCCAAACUGGGUUGUGGGAAUUAGUGGGAGAGUUGGAGGGUUGGAUGGCAAGCCUUUUUGGGCACCCUUUUGAAUAUCACUUGUUUAUUGCUUUGCUGAUAGCUCCCCUUCUUUUCUUUCUGUCUCUCUCCACUCUAUCUCUCUCUGUCUCUCUCUCUCUUUUAUCAUUUUGGAUGGCUGUUGGUCCUUGGCUAUCAGACAUCCCUUCCUUGCCACAUUCUCACCAUCAUUCUAAUCUCAGGAAUCUACUUUCCACUGCAUAUGGAUCAAGGCUCAUAUCAUAAAAUAGAGCUCAAUUGCUUUGCUCUGUAGAGCUUGUCCUCAAAUUUGAAGCUUUCAGGCACUGGAAUCCAUCAACUGUUGCUAGAGUUGCUAAAGUUUGGAUCUUCUGUGUUGUUUUUGAUUUCUGAAUCAGUAGGAUCUGAGAUUGGUGGAGUUCAUUCAGAAUGCUUGGUGAUUAUUGUUUGAGAUCUGAAGGGUGGGGAUAGAGCCAUGAAGGGCCUUGGACACUUUACAAGAUCACUUUUUUAACCUUAUCUUCACUGGUGAGUGUGGCUGGCUUCUUUUCUCUGCUUGUGACACUUGCAUGAAUAGCUAGUUAAAGUUUCCUGCUUAAUUUUCAACAAAGUUUAUAGCUUUGGGUUUUGGUGAUUGCUCUAAGAGAUCUGCAGUGGAGGAAUAGGGAAUUAGAUAUUCAUAAGAACACUUUUUUUGAACUUUAUUUUGCAGUGGUGGUUGCUGUAGUACUGUUUCUCAGUGUGGUUUUAUACUUUUAUUAGUGUUGGGUUCCUAGCUGGAGUUCCCAGUAGCUCAGAUUCUUGAGGUUUUAUUCCUCCUGUGGAUGACUUCUCUGAAUGAGUUCAGCUUGGAUUUGGUGGUGUUCUUCUCUCCAGUUUUGGUGGUUUGUUGGUGGGUUUUCUUUAGAAAUCCUGUGAACUGGUUCAUCAAUGCUAAAUCCAUGGAACAAAGGACUGAUUUUUUCAUUGGGAAGGGCAAGUUUUGGGUGGGAUUGUAUGAGAAAUUGUCAUUGAGAGGAUGGAGGAAUCGCUUUUACUGUAAUUACUUGGGUUCUAAAAAGGUUAGAGAGACAUGGUGGAGAAAGCUUCUGUUGUUGUGGGUGGUUGGAUGGUUCUUGGGGUCUUUGUGGAUCUUCUGGUUUAUGAAUUCACAGGCAGCUGAGAAGCGAAGGGAGACGCUUGCAAGCAUGUGUGACGAAAGGGCGAGGAUGCUUCAGGAUCAGUUCAAUGUGAGCAUGAAUCAUCUUCAGGCACUGGCAAUCUUGGUCUCUACUUUUCACCAUUCCAAGGACCCUUCUGCAAUUGACCAGAUGACCUUUGCAAGAUAUGCAGAGAGAACUGCAUUUGAACGGCCUUUGACAAGCGGUGUGGCUUACGCUGUGAAAGUUUUGCAUUCUGAAAGAGAGCAUUUUGAGAAGCGACAAGGGUGGACAAUCAAGAAAAUGGAAUCACAAAAGCAGACUCCUGCUCGAGAAGGUGAUGCAGCCUUUGAGGCGCAUGAGACAUCACCUGUUGAAGAGGAGUAUGCUCCGGUCAUCUUCGCUCAAGAAACCCUCUCCCAUGUCAUUUCUCUGGAUAUGUUGUCUGGAAAGGAAGAUCGUGAGAACAUACUACGAGCCCGGGAAUCUGGGAAAGGUGUCCUCACUGCUCCUUUUCGGCUACUAAAAUCAAAUCGCCUAGGGGUCAUUCUAACAUAUGCAGUCUACAAGACUGAACUUCCUUCAAACGCAACCCCAGUUAAGCGUAUACAAGCAGCCAUUGGGUACUUGGGGGGAAUUUUCGAUGUGGAAGCACUCGUUGAUAAGUUACUUCAUCAACUUGCUUGCAAGCAAUCCAUUGUAGUGAAUGUAUAUGACACAACUGAUCCCGAUAAUCCAAUUACCAUGUAUGGCUCAAACAUGACUCGAAAAACCGUAUACCAUAAUAGCACACUUCACUUUGGAGAUCCAGUGAGAAAACAUGAUAUGCUUUGCAGUUUCAAGCAAAAGCCACCUUUGCCAUGGCUUGCAAUAACCACAUCAAUCGGGACCCUUGUGAUCGCUUUACUUAUUGGAUAUAUAUUCCAUGCUACUGUGAACCGUAUAGCAAAAGUCGAAGAGGAUUACCGGAAGAUGAUGGAGCUCAAGAAGCGAGCUGAAGACGCCGAUGUUGCAAAAUCUCAGUUCUUGGCAACUGUUUCUCAUGAGAUCAGAACUCCAAUGAAUGGUGUUUUAGGCAUGCUACAAAUGCUCAUGGAUACUGAUCUAGACAUAACACAACAAGAUUAUGUGAGGACUGCCCAAGCCAGUGGAAAAGCACUUGUCUCCCUUAUAAAUGAGGUAUUGGACCAAUCAAAGGUUGAGCAUGGUAAGCUUGAGCUUGAGGUUGUUCGAUUUGAUUUGCGGGCAGUUUUAGAUGAUAUAUUAUCACUCUUCUAUGGAAAAGCUCAGGAGAAAGGAAUAGAGUUAGCAGUGUAUGUCUCAGACCAGGUUCCUGACACUCUUCUUGGUGACUCUGGCCGAAUUCGGCAAAUAAUCACCAACCUCAUGGGGAACUCUAUCAAAUUCACAGAAAAAGGUCAUAUCUUUGUUACUGUCAAUCUUGUUGAGGAGGUAAGGAGUUCAUUGGAAGUCAAAACUAGUGAGUCUUCAAGUACCUUGAGUGGCUUCCCAGUGGCAGAUAAAAGACGAAGCUGGGAGACCUUCAAGCUUUUUAGUCAAGAUUCACUUACAGUUAAGCAGGCUUCAUCAUCAUCAUCCUCCUCCUCCUCUGAUGAAAUCACAUUGAUUAUAUCUGUGGAGGAUACUGGAGUAGGCAUCCCACAAGAAGCACAAUCUCGUGUUUUUACACCGUUUAUGCAGGGCGGGCCUUCAAUUUCCCGUAUUCAUGGAGGCACAGGCAUUGGACUUAGCAUUAGUAAACGUCUCGUUGUUAACCUUAUGAAUGGAGAAAUCGGAUUUGUGAGUGUCCCGCAGAUUGGUUCAACUUUCACCUUCAGUCUGGUACUUAAAAAAGCUCAUAACAAUUCAAGUGACUAUAAAUCAUCAGAGUUUCAAGGAAUGAAUGCAUUAGUGCUGGAUGAGAGGCCGGCCCGUGCAAAAGUCACAAAGUAUCAUCUCCAAAGGCUUGGUAUUCAUUGUGAAGUGGCCACUGAAUUGAGUCGGAUAUAUCCUAGCAUUGCACAUGGUAAAUCAAAUGUUAAUAUGGUGCUUGUAGAGAAAGAGGCUUGGUUAAAAUUUACUGAUUUCUGGCCUCUUUUUAUGAGCAAACUAAGAAAAAGUAGCCUGCCAGAGGUACCAAAACUUUUUAUUUUGGCAAAUCCCACCAAUUCUGCAAAGAGCAGUUCAGUGAACUUAAUGGGAUGUGAUGCAACUAUCAUUAUGAAACCUCUAAGAGCAAGUAAUUUAGCAGUGACUUUGCAACGAGCUAUGGGUAAUGGAUUCGGGGACGGUUUGCAGAACGGGAUGCUUCCUCGUGUGCCUGUUUGCAACCUUCUUCAUGGUAGACAGAUACUGAUUGUCGACGAUAAUGCUGUUAACCUCAAAGUUGCUGAAGGGGCUUUGAAGAAAUACGGAGCUGAAGUAAAAUGUGCUGAGAGUGGGAAGAAGGCCAUUGAGUUGCUCUUCAAACCAGAUAAUAAGUUUGAUGCUUGUUUCAUGGACAUUCAAAUGCCAGAAAUGGAUGGGUUUGAAGCUACUAAAAAAAUACGUGAAAUGGAAAAGAAGAUAAAUGACCAAACAGAGCUCGGAGAACAGUCUAGUGGAAGUGUCAUGCGGCGGCAUAUUCCUAUACUGGCAAUGACAGCAGAUGUUAUCCAUGCAACACACGAAGAGUGCUCGAGGUGGGGAAUGGAUGGUUAUGUCUCCAAACCUUUUGAAGGAGAACAAUUAUAUCGGGAAGUAGCUAGAUUCUUCAAAUCGGCUGCCAAGAAAACUCAGUAAGCUCAUUAUUAUGUGGGAUCAUAAAAGAGAACACUGCUGCAUGGAAUUUUCUAAUGGCAGCUUCGCGUGCAUUAGAGGAUAGAGCUGACAUUGUCUUGUACAGGCUUGAAUUGGAGAUCAAACAAAUAGUUUUGGUUUGUUUUGCUACAAUUCUAACCUGGUAUAGCUUCUUAUUAUCGAUGUCCAAAGAGUUCUACAUCUCAAGAAAUACGAAAGUUUCUCAUCAGCAUUCAAAUGGAGAGGAAGCACCUCCAAGCACCAUGGACUUUGUGAUAUAUAACUAGUGAUUGAGUUUUUGUUUUUCGCCGCCUUUUUUCGGAAGACAAAAGAGUGUACAGUGAUGGAAAUAUUCUUGUUCUUAUGUUCCUAUAAGUCUGUGAUAGUAUGUCUUUGUCAAGGAAUAAUGGAAAUGAAUGUGUAUAUAUAUAUAUACAUUGUAAUAAAUAUUGGUGCAAUGAAAUUGAGAGGAUUAUUCCUCUGGGUUAGUUUGGUUA